AUGUGUGGCGCAUACGACAGUUGCAACGUCGCGGACUCUCCACCCUGUGGAUGUCUCGACAGGUUUGUGCAUAAGGAUCUGGAGAGCUGGAGGCAGAUGGAUUGGUCCGGAUGGGCUGGAAAAAGCCCCGAUUCCACCUAUAAGAAGAAGAGGAGCCAAACCCUUUCCGAAUCAUCGCUCCUCAUCCUCAUCCACGGCUCCACGCCAUGUAUUACUCUGCAUCCAGCAAAGCCAAUGCUUUACUUACCAUUUUAUGUCUUUUCUGGUUCGCCCCAACAUUCCCCACUUGUCCGACUGUUGCUGAGCAGUUUUUGGAUAUCAAACGGACCUUCCCAGAAGGUUUGGCAAGGGCUUUUUCAAACUAAUCCGAAGGGUUCUUUGCUUGCAACUGCCGAGGUGAUGUGUUCUUCAAGGAGGAUGAGCUUGGCUGAGUGCGAAGCAGUGUGCACGGCGAACUGUUCUUGUGCGGCGUAUGCACGGCUGGAUGUGAGCAAAGAGAGGAGUGGGUGCCUCUUCUAUUAUGGGGACUUACUUGAGAUCAGAGUUGUACCUAUGAGUGGACAACAUCUUUACAUCAAAAUGUCUUCCACUGAAUCAGGAUCUAAAGGGAAGAAACGAGUAAUACUCAUACCCAGUUUUGCAUCAGUGGCAAGGAUCUCUUUAUUCCUCAUCAUCAUCUUAUUUUGCACUAAGAGGAUGAAGAACCGAAAUAAGAGAAAAGAAGGGCCGGUUGCAAGAGAAGCAAAGUUGUCGUUCUUCAAUUUAUCUACAAUUUUGAAAGCCACCAAUCACUUUUCUAUGGCUAACAAGCUUGGUGAGAGAGGAUUUGGACCAGUUAAUUACAGGGGCAUGCUGGAAGAUGAACAUGAAAUUGCUGUGAAAUGCUUGGCCAAAAACUCCUCACAAGGAGUUGAUCAAUUGAUAUUGAUUGCCAAACUUCAGCAUAGGAAUUUGGUAAGGCUUCUAGGAGGCUGUAUUGAAAGAGGGGAGAACAUGUUGAUCUAUGAAUACAUGCCUAACAGUAGCCUCGACUCCAUUAUAUUUCAUGAAACAAAAAGCAGGCUACUCGAUUGGGGAAAACGCUACAAUAUUAUCAAUGGAAUUGCUAAGGGGCUUUUAUAUCUUCAUCAAGAUUCGAGGUUGAGAAUCAUCCAUCAAGACCUCAAAGCCAGCAACAUACUGCUAGAUGCUGACAUGAACCCAAAGAUAUCCGACUUUGGCCUACCUAGGAGUUUUGGAGGAAACGAAACAGAAGCUCAAACUCGCAGAGUUGUUGGAACAUAG